AUGAGUCUCUUCACAUUCGGUACGAAAACCGUAGGCCCGGCGUUCAGCUUCGCCUCCACAACACCGUUCACAACUGGCGCCGGCGGGCGCACGGCACUACACAUCGCCGCGCUUCAGGGCGAUAUGGUAGCAGUGACUGAGCUGCUCCGCGGCGGUGCCGACAUCGACGCUGCGGAUGACAACGGCACGCGGGCUCUGCACGUUGCGGCGGGCGCUGCGGGGGACAGAGCGGGUAUAUGCGAGCUGCUACUGGAGGCGGGCGCGGACAUAAAUUGUGUUGAUCGGGCGGGUGAUACGGCGCUACAUCUAGCGGCUGGGUGUGGGGAUGUGGCGACGGUAGGAAUGUUAUUGGUCUGGGGUGCGAAACUGGUUGUGAAUGGGCGCGGGAAGACGCCAAGGGUGAUAGCGAAAGAAGCGGGAUGGAGUGAUGUAGUAGCUUUGUUUCCCGCCGAGGGGGUGUGGUGCUCGUGGGAGGGGGUGUUGGAUACGUUUGGGGGGGGCUCCUGUGAGGGUAGGCUAGGGUAUGGGCCGUGUGAGAUAUUUGAGGAGGGGGGUGGGUGUGGGUUUUGUGGUGAGUUUUAUGGGAUGGGUGAGGAGGAGGGGGUGGAGGUGGUGGAGACGAGAAUGGGGAGUAGGAAACGGAAAUGGGAGAGUAAAAAGUAG